AUGGAAAAGGCCAUCGCAGAAGCUAGAGAGCAAUUAGAUUUACAAAACGUGAAGCAAGCUUUGAGAAUACUCAAACCAUAUAAGAAAUCUGUUGCGACUGGCGGACAAGAUAGACUCGAUUUGGUACAGGUGUUCGCAGAUGCGUAUCUUGAGAAUGGUCAGGUGGAAAAAGCGUACUCUUUAAUUGAAAGAUCCUGUCAGUUGGAUUCCGACGGAAAGAUAGGUGGUUGUGCAAAAUUCUUCACGUUGGGUCAGAUUACGGGUGGACCAGAUGGAAUUUCUAUCAUUAUGAAAGGGAUUGAAAACGUAUCAGCUAUCGCCGGAGAUUCUCUUUCUCAAGAACAAGCAAACAUGAUGGUCAAUGGGCUACUUGCGAUGAUAGAAAUAUGGAUGACUGAUCUUUGUAUGGAAAAGGAGGCAGAAUCAGAAUGCGAAGAGUUAAUUUCAAAGGCAAUGGAAAUUUCAGAAGGUAAGUCAUCGGAGGUUUGGUCAGUGCUAGGUUCCAUUAAGAUUUCUCAACAAAAAUUCGGUGAAGCUUCGGAAGCAUUCACAAAAGCCUGGGAAUUCUUCCAAAUGAAAAAAGAGUCCAUUGAAGAACAAUUAACGGAGGAAAGCGUUUCCAGCCAUGCAGAAUAUCUUGAAUUACUACAACCAGCAAUCUCGUUAGCAAAAAUGUGUAUUGAAAUGGGAUUAUACGAGAUAAGUUUACAAAUAGUAGCAGCGAUCAAAGAUAUUGACGAAGACAAUUUGGAGAGCUAUUACUUGGAAGGGUUCACAUAUUAUUUGAUGGCUAAAUUAGAACAGUUUAAACAACAAAACCAAUCAUUACAACUAUCUCCUGAAAAUAUCUACGAAUUCAAUUCCCACGUCCAAGAAUUACCUUUGGAUAUCAAGAAUGAGUCAUUGAAGGACAUUAUUUACGAGGCGCGUGUUUCUUUGAGCUUUGCUUCUAAGUUCAGUGAAAAUGCGGAGUCCGACGAUGAAAUGGCCAAGGAAAUAAUCCAAGGAGUCCAUGGCUUGUUGAAUGAAAUUGGUGGUGCUCUUGAUAUAACAGAACUAAUGAAACUCAAACGUGGAGAGGAAGUUACAGAAAUUGAUGAAAUCGAAAUCAACGAGCUUGAAUGA